AUGCCAGGCGAUUUUUUAGAUGACUCAAAAGUCGACUCAGACACCCCCCUCCCCCCCUCCCCCCCUCCGUCCCUCUCCAACUUGCACCAGGUGCGCUCUGCCUCGCAGCAGCACUUCUACUUGGAGCCGCAGGCAGCGCUUGCAGUGCCGGACGAGGGGGGCAGCGUGACGGUGCAGAGCGCCACGCAGAGCCCCGAGCACACCCAGCAGGCCGUGGCGCUCGCCCUGGGGCUGCCCCUCUCCUGCGUGCGCAUCGUCACCCGCCGCCUUGGCGGCGCGUUCGGCGGCAAGACGGUUCAGGCUAUCUUCACCGACUCUGUUCUUUCUUCCUCCCACUCUGCUUUGCCAACCACCCCUUCCACCCCUCGCCCUCCAUCAUCCCUCCCCUUUCCGGAUGCUACUCUGCUCAACCAUCCACUCCCCCUCCCAUGGCGCCAGGUGGCGGUGGCGUGUGCGCUGGCAGCGCAGCACCUGCACUGCCCCGUGCGCAUGGCCUUGGACCGCAAGGCGGACACCGCCUUAGUGGGCGGGCGGCACGAGGCGCGGGCGCGGUACGACGUGGGGUGUGAUGGCACGGGGCGCGUGCACGCACUGCGUGUGCGGGCGGUGCUGAACGGCGGCAGCAGCGCCAGCACCAGCUGCUGGGUCGCUGCCAACUACGGGCCCGCGCUGGCGCAGUACGCCUGGGGCGCGCUGGAGAUCGACUUCAAAGUGGUCAGGACGGACCUGCCGACGCGCAGCACGGUGAGGGCGCCAGGCGAGGUGCAGGCGGUGGUGGUGGCGGAGAGUGUGAUGGACCACGUGGCUGCUGCCCUGGGGCUGCCCCCCAUGGCCGUGCGUGAGCGCAACCUCAUCACCACCCGCGCUCUCCGUGACUUCUUCCCCUCUGCCUUCCCCGCUCCUCCUCCUGCUCCUGCUGCUACCACUCCUGCUGCCGCCGCUCCUGCUGCUGAGCGAGUGUGGAGGGAGGCGAAGGUCCUAUCGAGCUACAGCAGGCGGGCAGCAGCAGUGGAGGAGUUCAACGCGGCACACGUGUGGCGCAAGCGAGGCCUGGCCAUGGCGCCUGCACUCUACCACGUGCCGCUGCUCGCCAAGCCCGCGCGUGUCACUGUGUUUGGCGAUGGGACUGUGGUGGUGGAGGCGGGCGGCGUGGAGAUGGGGCAGGGGCUCUCCACCAAGCUGCGCCAGGCUGCUGCCCUUGGCCUCAACUCCCUCUGGAGCGGCACCGCUACCAGCAACACAGACAACGACAGCCUGUCAAUAGGCAAUGCGGGCAUGACGGCUGCCAGCUCCUCCUCUAAAGCCUGCUGUGCCGCCGUGCUGCUCGCCUGCCACCACCUGCUGCCCGCGCUGCUCACCGCCAAGGCUGCAGUUGAGCAGGCCAAGGCGCGCCGGCGGGUGAGGAGGGAGUGCGGGCUCAUGGCAGGCGAGUGGCUCAUGGCAGGCGAGUCAGGAGUGGGAGAGGGUGACGUGGCAGUAGAGGAGGGUGACGUGGCGAGGUGGGAGGAGGUGGCAGCGCAGGCCAAGGCAAUGGAGCUGGUGCUGUCAGCGCAGGCGCACUUCACCCCCGACCCCUCCCACACCUCCUACUUCACCUUUGGUGCCGCCGCCUCUGAGGUGGAGGUGGACGUGCUGACGGGGGCAGUGGCAGUGCUGCGUGCUGACAUCCACUAUGACUGUGCGCGCAGCCUCAACCCUGCUGUCGACAUUGGCCAGGUGGAGGGGGCGUUCGUGCAGGGGCAGGGCUACUUCACCACGGAGGAGGUGCUGGUGGACGAAGCUACUGGGAAGCUGCUCUCGGACGGCACGUGGGCGUACAAGGUGCCAUCAUUCGACACCGUGCCGCGGCAGCUCAACGUGUCCCUCCUUCAUGCCACCGCCAACAAAUGUGGCGUGCUCUCCUCCAAAUCAUCGGGCGAGCCCCCUCUGCUGCUCGCCGUGUCCAUCCACUCUGCCAUCCGCCACGCCAUUGCUGCUGCUCGCCGCCAGUUCGCCCACCCAAGCACCGAUGCAGGCAGUGCGA